AGUAAACUUCUCCUCAGAAAACAUCACUACAACACAAGCAAUGAAACCUCUAUGGUUUAUCUUCCUGUUUCUCCAGGUUUUUGUAAACUUGGAGUUUUCCUGGUCACAGGCCGUGAACACCUGUGAAAUUGGUGUAGUACUGCAUCCUCAUCUGUACAUAGCUGGAAUACCGUUGAAUGGUGAAGCCAUCACAGCUGGACACAAGUUGCAUUUUGUUUGUAGAGCUGAUCAUGAACUGGAUGGCGCAACACAAAUUGAAUGUUUAAAAACUGGGCAAUGGAGCGCCCCCUUUCCAACCUGCUCUGCAAUAGGAUGUACCGUCCCUCAGAUUGAACACGGCAGUGUCCCUACUGGCCCUCGAGAGUACAAAGAAAAUGAAGUCUUAAAUUUUAGCUGUGAUGCUACUUAUAAACGGGCUGAUGACAGACCUCCAAGAUGCACAAUAUUUGCAGGAAAAGCAGAUUGGAACCCCACACCUGCUUGUAGACAAAUAACAUGUGAGCUGAUUCUGCCACCACCCACUGGGACAACAUAUGACCCUCCAAACAAAAAUGUGUUUUUACCCGGAGAAAUGCUGAGAGUCUUAUGUGGGGAGAAACACUGGAUUCUGGACGCUCAAACAAGGGAGUCCAAUGUUACUUGCAAUUACAAUGGAGUCUGGAACGCGCGUACUGAAUGCCAAGAGGUUAAAUGCCCGGCAUACAUUGAAGAAGACAAUUUGUAUUACAGAGUUAACGCUUGGGGAAGAAAUAAAUUAGGUGACAGAGUAACAUAUGACUGUAGCUGGGGCUACCAGACUGCAACUGCAGAUAAGACAGCGACAUGUACCAGAGAAGGCUGGACACCAAAACCACUUUGCAGAGCGAAACAGUGUCAAAGACCUGAGAUUGUAAAUAGCAGAAUUACAGUUAAUGAUAAAAGAAAGUAUGGCAACGGUGAACAACUCACAUACGAGUGUUUGGAAGGGAAUCCAAAUUCUGUUACCAUCACCUGUGAGCGAGGUGCCUGGGAGGGGAUACGGCCAUGUCCAGCUCCUAUAGUUUGUUCAGCACCACCACCUCUUGAAGAAUGAGACACCAAAUCAUAUAUUAGCUCAGAUUCUGUGUUUCAACAUGGUAACAAAGUUGAAUACAUCUGUCAGCAAAUGUAUACUAUGAAUGGGGAACCAUCUAAAACCUGCAACAAUGGAGUAUGGAUAGGAGACAUGAGAUGCCUCAAACCCUGCACUGUGAACGAGCAGUUAAUGAACACACAUAAUAUUUGGUUUGCCCAUGGUUAUAGUGAUAAGCUAUAUGUGCCACAUA